CCACGCCCCCGCGACAAACACCGUGUUCGCGUCGCCUCCAGCCUGCGCGCGCUCCUUCCCCUCCAGCUACACCACCCCCAGCCUGCCCAGCCCGUGCACCUUCGAUCCAUGUCUGCAGCCCGUCGCGCAUCGCCGGUGAAGCUCCAGUGAGCUUUGCCUGGACCCUUGACCGCCAUGGCCUCGCGCGAGUCCAGCGUGGCCUCGUCGGCCGACUUCUACGAGUCCGAGGCGACGCGCGAGACGCCGGCAGACGCCAUGCUGCAUGGCGCGUUGGCUGGGAAGCGCAAGGCAGAAGACGCAGCUCCUGCCCAGGACAAGAAGCGCAAGCUCGAUGCGCGCCCUGACGUCCUCUCCAGCGAGUUGCGGCCGUGUGCCAGGCUGCCACCCGCAGUGUGGCAGCACAUCUUUUCCUUUUGUUCGCUUGCAGACCUUGGUCGAUUGCUUCAAGUCAAUCGAUCCUUUCAUUCCUAUCUCACAGACGUGCGCAACGUCUCUACUUUCAAAUCAGACUCUGGUCGUCUUCGUCUUUCAAAGUCCGAGUCGUUGUGGGCCUCUGCCCGCAACGCCCUGUCUACCAAGCCCCCCAAGCCCCUCCCAGGGCUCUCUGAGCUGCAAAUGUGGCAGCUUGCCUGGGCAAGGAAAUGCCAGUUCUGUAACAAGUCCAGUUCCUUUACCCCGGGCGAGAGAAUCUGGCAAAAGGGCCCAGGCGAAGCAGGCGUCCGCAUCAUCUGGCCAUUCGGUAUCAGAGCGUGCGGGCUUUGCCUGACGCAGCAGUGCCAGACGGACAUGAGUCUUCUCUUUUCGUCCGCUUCUGCGCUGCGACCCGCGCUCCCAUUCGCCCUCAUCACCAAAGACCACAACUACAUCGCUGCCUACACUCUGCAGACGGCAACAACGCCCGCCGACAUAGAGAUUGGCAAAUACUACUACAAAAAACACGUGCAGGACAUCACCCAAGAACUAGACGAUGCCUCGAGCCUUGGUCCUGCCGCCGCUGAGGAGUGGUCCAAAGGCCUCGACGCGCGAGGCAGAGAGCGAAUGAGGGUCGCUGAAAACUGGGAACGCUGGGAAGUCAAGUACCAGUGGUGGGAGCAACACCAGCAGACAAAGACAGCUGUGUCGCACAAUGAGCUGCCCAAAUCCCCAGUGCGUCGAAGGCCAUCUCCUAUCAUCCAUGCACCGGUACCAGCCACCCCAACCUCUCAAUUUGUACAGGCAAGGCCUCCAACUGGUCCACCACAGGUCUUCACUCCCCAUCCUGUUCCCACAGGCAGCGUACAACCCUCGCAGCGAAACAUCCAUGACGCAAACGAGGCCAAAGCGAACCGCAGGCUCGACAUUGAACGACGUUGCCUGCAAAUGGACCCACCUAUCCCUCCAAACAUCUUGCGCCACAUGGACUCGUUCAAAGCGGCCCUCCAGAUCUCACAGCCAAUGAACGAUGACGCAUGGAGUGUGCUUCAACCCCGCCUUCUUGCCCAACUUCCUGCUGCCCAACAAGUUGAAGUCGAACACGUGUCUCGUCCUGCGUUGGUGCACACCAGAACAGCAGACCGGCGCCACCAUGAUGUCAACACCAAAGAAGCAAAGGAAGUCAUGGACCGAGAAUGGGACGAGUCGCAACGGCUAGUGCGCGACAAACUCGACGCCAUCGCUGACGAAUUCAUAAGCCGACAUUGGGAUCAUGGCAAAGCUGUCACCUAUGAAAACAGCCCCAAAUUUGCUGCCGACCUUCUAGUCUAUGUACGACGCACGUUCAACACCGGAGCUGCCAUAGAAGAUACGGCUGCCCAGAAGGCGGAACAAGGGUCGACUGACGGCGCUGAUGGUAGAUCGCUACUGGUUUUGGACAAUAUGAAGUGGGUAUACGACAACAAGAUCAGACCCUUGACAGAACAGCGCAAGGAGCUUUUCAUCUGCUCCCGAUUUAACGAGUGUGCAAGCAGUACCAAGUUCUAUGGUUUCGAGGGUGUUAUUCAGCAUUUUGGAGCCAAACACACUAAUGCCUUUAGCGUUGGUAACGUUGUAGUCGCCUGGCGAGAGGCAGAAUGGCCUGAGACAACACCGUUCCACCCGGAUCCAAUAUCGGUCAAACAUAGUUAUCAUGCUUCUUCCAACUCGGCUGGUAAUGGUGGUUACUACGGUGGGUACUCGCGAGCAGGAACUUCCACGCCCCAUAUGCAGACUCAUCUACCCCAAGCAAGCCCGGGACCUCACCACUAUGGAGGCCACUAUGCCGGACCUUUCGCGCCACCACAAGCACCUCCUAUGGCGAUGCCAGGGCAUGAUUAUCUCCAUUCAUACCAUGGUUCCGUGGACAGCUACUCACAUCCGGGCAUGGGUCCCCCAGUGUUUGGACCUCCGUUAGGUAACCACUCAUACAUGCCAUCUCCCGCCUCCCUCAAUCUCGCCAUUGCGCCACCCCCGGUCAUGCCUCCACUAGGUCAGGGUACUUCAGGACCACUUCCAGACGACAAUGAUGAUGCUGGCCACCGGACCGGCUUGUUCGACAAGGAAGUAAGUACUGUCAUAGAACUGGCCCAAAACAUCUGGAAGCAAACCUCCGGAAUUAAGGAUAUGCCAACCAGCCUGCGGAUUUAUGUUUUGUUGCAUCGCGUCGUUUCAAAAUUUCAUGUCGAAUUCAAUCAUGGGCCGAACGUGAACCAUUUCAUUGAUGCUCUUUCUAAUCAUCAGAUUCCAAAGGCUUUGAAAAAUGCUUCAGGGUUGUUCUGUAAGACCUGUCAAGUCGAGUCUUCUCAUCAGCCCAUCGGUGCUCACUACCAAAAGCCAGAAGGUGGCAAAAUGUAUACUGUUUUGAAUCUUUUUCUCCAUUUCAGAACGCUGCAUCUAUCAAGUCAACGACCUGGCUCUAGCCACGGGCAGCCGGCCGCAUAUUUGGACUGGAAAGAGGAUAUGAUUGAGCUGCCUGAUGACCGCUUUAUCUCCGGUCUUAUCCAUUUUCCUGGCAUGGAUGAUGAGAAGCUUCUCAUGAUAGCAACUGUUUUCCCCAGGUUGUUUUCUAUGCCUCUGCCCAAGAUCGGUGUGAUCGGCAACCAUGGAGUGGUUUCACCCGCCUCAUCAGGGCCCAAGGACGCAAAGUACACUUCUAGAAUCACAGGAAUGUCGGGAGGGAAGUCCGGUCCUUCAUCUCCAGCAUCACCUCAUGCGGAAUCUCCACGACCGACUCUACAAGCUCGCUCGAAGCGAACGUCGAGCCUCGAAGAAAGAACACACCCUCAUCAGGACAGUCCACCUGCUGAACGUAGACAGCGUCAUAUGACUGAUUCGCGAUAUUACAUGUCUAGGGAGCGUGCGGAUGAUGAUUACCCUCGCCAGCGAGAGUAUAUGGAUUAUGCCCCAAGCCCAAGGAUGCUUCAUUCUGGUCCCGUUUACGAAGAAUUCUCAGGUCGUCGCACUAGCUUCCGCGAGCACAAUCGAUAUUACGACCCACCUUCUGAAGAGAUUAUCUAUACGCAUUCGCGUGACAGAAGCAAUACGCAGGGUCUGAAUGCAUAUCCGCGUCAGGUUCGAUACUAUGAUGAAGAAGAUCGGCCAGCUGAGUAUCGUUAUGGCCGGGACCACCAAUCCCAAGAGGCAAGCCCGCGACGCGGGCAGUCUGCCGCUGAUCGCUUUCUUGAAGAAUUCGUCCCCGGUCAGGACUCGGCGGAUGAUACUAAGCAGGUUCCUCGCCCGCUACCGCUUAAUUCUGAACCUGAUCCUUCUCUGAGAAUCGAAGAUGGCUCACGAUACACGCCCCUGCCGACAAGCGUUCCCUCUGCAGAAGAAACUGGUAUCCAGCACCAGACGCUUGGAGCGAUACAUCCUGUUGCACCAUCUACCAUAUCUAAUAGUUCAAGGCAUGAGGACUAUCAUCUUCAGGGUCGCCAUGUGCCCAUGCCAGGCCCAUCAGCGUCUUCCCGGAGGUCUGGACCACAACGGCGGCGAGAUCGUCCUCAUGACCAGCGUAUGCCUUCACGUUAUCAUAGAUACAGUAGCGUUGCUCGUGACGACCCCUACGGACGGGGCCCAAGUAUUAGUCGUUCGCAAAGCAAACGUUAUGAAGAGCAGCGUCGCCGGAUUGACCAGCAGGAGACGCCACAGCCAAACGCAGAAUCAACCUAUUCUCGAGAUCAAAGCGUUGAGCAGCCGUUGCCAGAGGAGAGUUUCUAUCAUCCCACACGUCAUCAGUCCCGUGAUUACGUCUCCGUUCAGGAUCGCCUCCACCCAUAUUCACCACCUCGCUAUCGCUAUGAUGACCCUCGUGCACCACCCGUCUAUGUCAACGAAUACGGGGAACCGUUGCAAGAGUACGAGAUCAUCCGCGUACGUAGCGAUCGCCGUCAGUCCCAUGUGCCGUACAUGUCUCAUCAGCCUUCUACACGUUAUGAGUCCGAACGCUACCAGUAUGUUCCUGUUGCUCAUGACCGUCCACCGGCACAAAGGUACAACAGCCGCGCUGGCCCUGAGGAUUACAUUUACUACGAAGACAGGGAGCGACUGCUCCCUCGACGCUCUGUGGCCGAACCCGAGGAUGACUAUGAGCCCUCGCCUCCGGAGAUCAAAGUGGAGAGUACACCUGCCUCUCUUCUGGACGGACCCUAAGUUUACGAUUUACGCAAAAAGUCAUAAGUACAUGGCCAUGUUCUGUUCCUUCCGUAUCAUUGUACCUUGACAUGCUCAGUUGGUGUUGAUCAUUUCCUAGGUGCUAUCUGUAUGAUGUGGAAAAUAAUGCUGUAUUCCUAGACUGCUGGUCCUGUCGUAUGAAGAUUGAUGAUUUCUUUUCGAGAAAUUGAGUGGUCAAAUAUUGUAGUUUCUCAUUGCGAGUCAAAUCUGUUGUAGCGACCGCCGUUUGAAGUAUUACUACAAAGCGAAUCUUCAACUUUCCCACAUGCAGUUAUACUUCACAAUGACUAAUGAUUAAUACAAAUUGUACCAAUAGUCGCUUUCCAUCUACUGAAGCUUUAUUAGGUCCCUAGUGGCAGCUUCUAAGCCGAUCAAGAGGUU